UGAUAACCCAUUUUUGGGGGUUUUCUUUUCAACUCUUUUUCUGGGAAUUUUCCUUUUGCACUAUUGGAUCGUUUGUCUGCUUUCAAGUUUUGUACUUUCGUAAUGGGAUUUUGGCUUUCUUUAUUGGGAUCUUGGAUCUGGUUUUGUUCCAUUUAUUCAGAUUUGAAAAAUUGGUGAAUUCUUGGUUAUGGGUAAUUCUUGUGUAUAGGGACAAAUAAAUAAAAUAUUUGGUGGUCGAAAAUUCGAAGAAUCUUUUUGUAGUUGAGCUUAAUAUCAGAAGUAGGAAAUGGUUAACAGAUAUGGAGUGUUUUGAUUUAGAGAAAAUAUCAUGUUGCAGUGCAUAGAUGGGUUUAAGCAUUUAUUUGCUUCCCUAUUGCGAUGCUUUGAUCUCGACUUGUAUAACCAAUCGAGAGGGCUAGACGACCCCGCUGUUCUUGCAGGGGAGACUGUGUUCAGUGUAAGCGAAAUUGAAGCGCUUUAUGAACUUUUUAAGAAGAUCAGCAGUGCUGUGAUCGAUGAUGGAUUAAUUAACAAGGAAGAGUUUCAACUGGCUUUGUUCAAGACAAAUAAGAAAGAGAGCUUAUUCGCUGAUCGGGGAAUCAACCCAAGACUUGUUUAUGGUUAUGGGAGCUCUCUAUGCUGCUACCAUGUUUCUUGGUGUCAAUAAUGCAUAUUAGAAAUGAGCCUGUUGAAAUCUGGGAAGAAAGUUAAAUGCUUGAAUUUCUUGAAUUCUGUAUUUUUUUGUGUUUUGGAUAAAGAGUUGUUGGGUAAACAAAAAAGAAUGAAAAUGUUAAUUGUUUUUUUUUUA